AAUAUGAAACCCUCUAAAAUAACCUACAAGACAUCUGCUCCACUGAGGAUAACUCAGAAGUUGUGGAGUCCGAGGGGUCUGGUACUGGCUAAGGGUGGUAGAGUUCAUGGGGGAGUGAAGAGAGGAAUGAAGACUAUCAAUAAAAAUGUACUGCCAAUAAGCCCCCUCCAAUUAUUUUCCAAGAACAAGAAAUACAUAAUGUUUGAUUUCUUAAAGAAGGAUGUCAAGAGUGUAUCUCCAAAGCGGAGAAAUCUUAACAUAAAGACUCUGGUAGCCCUAAUCCCAAAGAAAAUCCCCAUAAGACACAUCAGUCCCUCGAUAAGGAAUCCCAGGCUUGCAAAGAUAGAUAGACAUCAGAGUAAGAAGAGCAAGGCUGAUUAUUCUGGAGAUUUCUGCCUUCGUGUACGAAAAACUAAGAAAACAUCAAGCAUCACAAACCUUCAGGGUUUAUUAAGCGCUAUUAAGACGAAGGAGACUGUCAAAAUAUCUAAAAAGAGUACGAAUAAGGUUCUUAGAGAAAGGAUUAUGUCCCCAAUCGCUAAGAAUAUUUCAGAAAAUCUCAGAUAUGAGAAUCUGACUUCUGUUCUUGGAAGAAAUAAGGAAGCUCUUAAGAACUUCAUCGGUUUCCAAGAAUUGAAGAAGAGUAACACAAGGAGACAUAAUACAUCCCACAUUCAGAAAUUUGAGGUGUACAAGUCCAUGGAGGAAGACGGUAACGAUAGAAGUAUUCUAAGAAAAUUUCUGAACUCAGAUUUACUAAAAGAAUCGGGAGAGUCAUGAUUUCCUGAUUUAUCAAAUGGAGAAGAAUCAAAAAGAAGUUCAUCGAUUAAUAAUGAGAUAAUUGAGUAUUAA